CGCGUGCGGCACUCGCCGGGCCGACGCCACCGUGCGAGCAUCUCGGGACUACCGCCUCCACGCCGACCUGCCCGCCUCGCACCCUCUAAUCCGCGACUCUUUAACUUCCCUGCGGCUCCUCGACUCGGCGAUCCCGCUGCCCUGACGACGACGACGGUGGGGAAGGUUGUUUUGUGGCGCCUCUUUUGGAAGGGAGGACGGGGGGAGAGCAGCCUAUGCAACGCGCCGUCCGCUAGCGCGUUAAAACCAAGGUGCUUCCUUCGCUGGGGGGACGGACUGCAGCCAUGCCCAUGUUCAGGCAAUCCAAGCGCAACUCGCGCAUCGACCGCGACAUGAUCAGCGGCCCGCUGGGCGACUUCCGGCACACGAUGCACAUCGGCCGCGGCGGGGAUGUGUUUGGCGAUACGUCCUUCCUGAGCAAGCCCGGGGCGCCCCCGGACCGCGCGGCCGACGCUACGCCGCUCCCCUCGCCUGCCGCCAGCCUCGCCGCCCCCUCCGACGCCUGGCCGGCGCCCGCCGCCGCCGGCGCCAAGGCCAAGUUCUCGUCGCCGGACUCCGGUCUCUUUGACGAGUCGGCGCCACGGGCGGACGCCGAGUGGUCCUUCGCCUCCCGCGGGAGCCGCGCCGGAGCCCCGUUAGCCGCGGCGGGCGGGCACGCCGCCAACGGCAAGCCCGCGGACGACGGGCGCGUCGCCAACGGCCACCCCAAGCCGGAGCGGAGCAGCGGCUCGGACAUCGAGUCUUACGACAACUACGGCGGAGACGCCGCGCCAUUCUCGUCGCCGAGCGGCGCCGACCCCAGCAUGGCGUUCGACCUGGACCUGGGGCCGUCCAUGCUGGACGACAUCCUCAGCAUCAUGGACGUGAAGGGAAGCUACGGCACCGCCUCUGCCUCGUCGCCGGAGAGGCGUGACCCGGCGCCAAGAAAAACGUGGGAAUUCCACCGUGACCGCGACGAGGACGAGGAGGCCGGCGAGGGGGCCGGCGGCCGUGGUCGCCCAAGCCGGGCCGGGACGACGGGCGACGGCCACGGCACGCCGGCGCCGCGCAACUGGAACCACGACAGCGGUGUGGUGUACGAGGCGGCGAGCCCGCGGAGGGACGACGUGUUCGGGGGUGCGGGGGCCAAGGCGACGCCGGCACCGUACGCCUCCCCGAGCCACACGGUGCGCUCGGCCGGCAGCCAUGCGUCGUCGGGCAGCUCGGCGGAGAGCGGCGUCGCGUGCGAGGACGAGCGCAGGAAGUUCUCGUCGGGGUCAUUCGACAAGCUCUCGGACGACGAGCCCGGGGAGUCCUACACGUUCGACGACGACGACGACGAGAUCAGAGUUUGACGGAGGAAGAUGGCGAAACUCAGAAAGAACAAACUUCACUGCGCGUCUUAAACGGGCGCUGCUGCUCUCGAAGCGCAGGGCCCCACGGUGGACUUGCAACCGAACGUUUUUUUAGUUGAUGGCAAUAACAGAACUCGGGAAGGAAUGAACUCUCUCUGCUCUGUAAUAAUUAGACGAACCCCUUUUUAAACGGCGGUGUUUAGCCCCCUCGGGUUUCUGCACGAGACUGCGGGUGCUCGCGAACUCGCUCGUCACAUUCUCUUCAUUCUGCACAUCUCCCGUCGGGUGAAACUGGAGCCGUCUCAGCAGCAGCAGCACCACCACCACACCAGAUGAUUUUACUGGGAGAUGUCAUUCACCACAAAGAGCACCAACUUAAUAUUUAUAUGAUAGUUGAAAAGUUGCCAACACGUGAAAUUCUCUUUCUGUUAUUCAUUGUCUGUUUCUGUUGAGAGAGUUGCUGUUGUUCAGAGGGUGGCUGGUGUGUGUCUAUCUCUCUCUGCGUUACUCUCAUGGGUGAUAGAGUCCACGGUGUCGCGUCACGUUGGGCGUGUGAAUAUUGCCACUGCCUUCUCAAGGCCACUAAAACGUCGUUUGUAUUUUUCUUUUCACGAAUGCUGCUCUGCUGAAAUGGACACCCUACUUAAUGACCACCACAUGGUAUGCACAUUAUUUUCACGUUUGUGAGAAUUACAACACUAGCCAAAGGGAUAUACAUGGCAGUUGUGUGUAGAAUGUGCUUUAAACUUUCAUCUCUAAAUACACGCAGGUCUUUUAGUUAGUUUAAAUUAUUCUGCUGCUUUAAAGCUUUGUAAUAUUUUCAAGCUGUGUUUUUAUAAUGUAGACCCGUUGUAGUUAACAAUCGUUUUGCAUCACACAUCGGUUCUGCCCACACUCAGCCAUAGCACACUCGGUUAACCCUCACCGCUGUGCACAUCGAAGCGAGCACACGGAGUGUGCGUGUGCGUGUCAUUGGCGGAUGCUUGCCAAGGUUUGGAAUGAACGAGGAUCGCCAGCAGCCCCUGCACUCUUCACCGGAAGACCAUGCGCAACACGAACGCUGACAUUUUUUUAAAGCAGAAAAUAACUUGGAGGUUGAACAUAAUGCUUCAUUGGUUUGGCUCUGGUUUGACGAUUAGAAGUCUGUAAGCUACGUGGAUGGUUUCACCACGGUGCUGUCAUGGGGGCGCGACUUGCCGCGGUGGUGCCGAGCGGUCCUCCUCUGGAUCUGGGGAUGAAAAUCAUCGGCGGGCAAUCCAAGUGGGCUCCUGGAACGCGAUCUGCCGCGUUGUUUUCUACCUGCAUCCUGAAUUGAAGAGGAUGCUGCCACUGGUUCUCAAGAUGGUUGUCCCAUUCAUCUGACCGUAUCUGCGUCUGGCGGAGGUCCGGAGGUUUGGAGAGGUGGGCUGCUGCCGUGAACGACGAUGUCUUUCGCUUUGACAUGACCUGCAGACCUGUAGGAGAAGAGCUUGCUGUUUAAACCUCGUGGUGGCAUGGAUCGCGGUCACGUCAAACGCAGGCCCAGAUUUAUCACGUGCAACAGGAUUAAAAGCGACACAAGAUGCAAGCGUGCAGUUUCCAUUGGUAUCGUUACGAACUUGGCUACAUGCUUAACGGGAAUAACGUCUACUGUGAACGUUUAUAACGAGGUGGAAAUAUAUUUUGCUCAAAAAGAACAAAUGUGUAUACACAAUAACUAUGUAAUCCGUUAAAUAAUACUAAUUGCUUUCCUGUUGGUACUUUAGAAUAAAAUAACAUUUUUGAAA